AGACUGUGUCCGGGUGUGUGUGUGUGUAGGAAUGCAAGGCUACACGGAUCAAAUAACAGAGGAAAAACACACCGAGGUGCAAUUACAUUUGUUAGUUUUACUGACUUAUUUCACGUCUUUGCUUUGAGGUGAACAUGGGAUGCGGCAACUCCACAAACACUGUGGUCCAACCUUUGAGACCGGAAGAGGUGAAUGAAGACGAGGAUGAGACAGGAAGUAAACUGGAUGGUCGUGGAGACUCGGCCGUGUCGAAGGGCACCACAGACAGCGGAGUGGUGAUGGAGAACAGGGAGAUGCCUGUGUUACCUGGAGCAGUACCCAGAAAACUCCCUGCUCUAACAAGUGUCAGAGAACCUGAGGCUGACAGAAUUACACAAGACGGCUUCCUGCAGCAGGACAGCACAGUGCAGGAGCGCCCAAAGUCCAGUGAGAUCCUGGAGGAGCUGCUGAACCAGGGUAUCAUCCCAGUGGGACAGACCAGAGAGAGGGGAGGCAGGGCUGGAGAGGCUUAUAGCAUCAUGCUGGAUGACAGAGAGGUGGUCAGACGAAGACCUCCUGCCAGACUGGAGUCCCUGAAAGCCAAGGAGCAAAGUCUCCCCAGCAGAGAAGUGAUUGAGGAGAAGAUAAGACUUGCUGAAGAGAGACGCAAGUUAAGGGAAGACGAGCUCAAGACACGUUUAAGGACCAAGUCAGCCCGUGUUCGUUGCCCUGCCCCCACCUUGAGCACAGAGGUGGUGGACGAGGAUGCAGCCCUCACCCCUGUGGAGCUGCUACAGCAUCCUCUCAACCUGGACCCCCUAGAUCCACCGCCUCGCAGCCAGGUCCCAUGCAAGGCGGCUGAGGGCGGGGAGAGGGUUAGAGAGCCUGGAGGUGACAGCAGAGAGGAAAUGAGCAAAGCCAACAGGAGAGAAAGGAGAAGGGGGGGGGGAGAGAGUGGAGAUAAUAGAGGUGAAGGUGCAGAUAGAAUAAGUGAAGACAAUGACGGGGAGGAGGAGGUGGAACUGACCCACGUGGAGGAGCUCAGGAAGGAACAGCUGGAGAGUGAUUCUAGCUUUCAACAUGCAGAGGACAAAGAGGAGAUCUUUUAAUUUUCUUACAAAAAUGAACCAUGAAUCAGCACUAUUAAAAAAGAGAGAGGGAGAGAGCCAAAAUUAUUCCUUUUGCACAGACGAGAGGCCUGUUGAAACUUGUAAAAACAAAAAUGUAAAGAAAUGUAUAAUGUAGGCUAUACAUUGUUAUGUAUUGUAAGAAAUUAACAGAUGCAAUUAAGCUGUGAUUAUCCCUACAGUUGAAGAUAUUGUUUGUGCUUUCAUGAAAAAGUACUAUUUUCUCUGCAGGGACGUGCAUUCAGCCCAUAAACUGUUGUAGCCUAAUAAUAUUGUAGCUCAGUAAUGAGCACAAAGGAAUGCAAUGCAAUAUAAUUUCCCUUAGUAAAUUCUUAAAUAAAUGUGAUGACAGCUUAAUGUUCUUGCCAAUACACAAAGUUAAUUUUAAGGAACUUUUUCUUUUCUUUUCUUUCUACAUUUAAUUGUAAAAUAUGAAAUUGUUAAGUCUCCCUGUUAAGGGUGUACUGUGGUUGCGCCGCUGGACAUAAGAUGGCGCUGUUUCAGUGGGUUACAGUUGUAUCGCAACUCCCUAAAGUCAGGGCACCUCAUCUAUAACGUAAGCUACUAGAAGGAGGUUCUGGCAACAUGUUGAUCAAUAAAGUUCACAUUUUCCCUA